AUGGAUCCUCUUCAUCAAGCUCUGUUGGCUGCUGCAGUGCUAUUAGUAGCGGUCUGUGUGCGUCAAGGGUACGUGCGCAAGGCACGAGUGCAGUAUAGUGUGACGAAAAGGAAGCUGGAGCUCCGUUACCGGACGUUCGUGGCAAGUUUGAGUGCCAAGUGGCGCGUAGUUGCCAAGCUGCUGCCCCACGUACUCUUCUUUGCCCUGAGCUUCGAAGUGCUGUUUUGGCUGCCAGACUCGACGACGAACGUGCUGGGCAGCAGAGCGCUGUUUUCGCUGCUCUCAGUGGGUUAUCCGCUGAUGCAUACGAUCCGAGUCAUUCGGCACAAGAGGUUUAAUUUGAAGCACGAUAAGUCGACUCCACCAACAUCAAAAGCAGGGUGUACGCGGCAACUGAUUACGAAAUUCGACAAGGCUUGUAUUCCUGGCGAUGAAUGGAGAGCGUACGAGGCGAGUCUGAAGUACUGGGUCAUCUGGUCUUUUGCAGUCUGUCUCACGAGCAUAAUUACCCUCGUUUUGCCGACUUUCGUGACCUCAUAUUGCAAGGUGCCGCUUCUAUUGUGCAACGUCUCCCUUGUAUGGAUGCACUCUUCCUUCACUCGAGGUGACAUCGCGCUCUAUGCUCUACUGAGUCCACUUAUCAGUCCACAUGCGAGCCGCCUUUAUGAGCGCAAAGCUGCGGUCGAUGCGGAGGCAGACGAGAGGACAAACUUUUUGAUGCGCAUUCUUGUGUCUUUUGGAGUGGUACCAGAACGACACGUGUACUUGGCCAAAGAUCUUUGGUCACAAGGCCCAGCGCUAUUUGGGCUUAUCUUUAUGUUUACACCAGGAUUUGUGACCUCUCGAGGCUGUCUGCUGAUGGCUUUCGGCUUCCCUGCGUACGCUACUAUUGGAGUUUUAAGUGAAAAACGGACGCGGCGCUACGAGUGGUGGCUUGCUUACUAUUGCGUUGCUAUAAUGACGGACUAUUUGAUCACCGCGAUCGGUGACGAAGUCAAAUGGCUUCCGCUAUAUUACCAUGUGAAGCUGUUGGUGAUGAUGUGGCUACAAUUUCCGUACUUUCAAGGCGCAGAACGACUUUUCAAUGCAAGCUUUUCGAGUGUCUUCAUAGAUCCGGAAUUCAAAAACGAGUGA